AAAGAUUAAACAGCAGCGGUGAUAUCAGUCGGGUUUUACGAUUGCUUUUGUUAUUGAGACACCAUGGAGAGCACAUUUCGUUACAUUGGGAGCUCAUCUCUACAUCAAAAGCUUUCAAUCAAAAUUGGGACACUGGAAGGUGAAAACAUAGGCUAUUCCUAUGAAAAGCUUAUCGAGCAACCAUUACUCAAAUUCUCCGGAGUGUAUACCGAAAAAACUCCACCCCUGAAGGUGAAAUUGCAGAUCUUUGACAACGGUGUUCCUGUGGGGCUGCCCGUGUAUACAUCGCAUAAAUAUUUUACAACUCGAUGGAGCUGGAAUGAAUGGGUAACUUUGUCACUUAACUUCACCGACAUCUCACGAACUGCCGUACUAGGGCUUACCAUUUAUGAUUGUGCUGGCGGAAGAGAACAGAUGACGGUCGUCGGUGGGACAUCGAUAUCCUUUUUCAGCACGAACGGAAUCUUUCGACAGGGAUUGUACGAUCUGAAAGUAUGGCCCCAGAUGGAACCGGAUGGUACUUGUAACUCAUCAACACCAGGCAAAUGUCCAGCGGCAGGGAUAAGUCAGAUGCAACGUUUGUCAAAGCUGGCUAAAAAACACAGGAACGGCCAGAUGGAAAAGAUUGAUUGGUUGGAUCGUCUGACUUUUCGGGAGCUGGAGGUAAUUAAUGAAAUGGAAAAGCGCAACUCACAGUUCCUCUAUCUUAUGGUCGAAUUCCCUCAAGUGUAUAUCAACGAAAAGUUGUAUUCGGUGAUUCAUCUGGAAAAAAAUGCAAAAUCCGUAUUAACUUACGCACCGAAGCCAAAGAUUGUCGUUGUUCCGGAUUGCGAAAUCUAUCAGGAAAAUUUGGUCGAACGUAAACAUCACAGACUUUCACGAUCGGCUCGUUCCGGCACUUCGGAUAGAGACGUCAAGCCAAACGCAAUCGUUCGAGAUACAUUGAACUCAAUCGUGUAUCGAUAUUCGUCCACAUAUCCGCUAAGCAGCGAAGAGCAGGACAUCAUAUGGAAGUAUCGGUUCUAUCUUAGUAGCCACAAAAAGGCAUUGACUAAAUUUUUAAAAUGUGUUAACUGGGAAACGACCACAGAAGUGCGGCAGGCGCUGGAAUUGCUUAAAAGUUGGGCUCCUAUGGAUGUCGAGGAUGCUCUUGAAUUACUCAAUUCUACGUUUCGUCAUCCUGAUGUUAGAUGGUACGCCAUCACUCGGCUCAACGAAGCGUCGGAUGAGUAUCUUCUGUUGUACUUGCUUCAGCUGGUACAAGCCUUAAAGUAUGAGUCUUGCAAUGAAACAUGUAAUUUGACAGCACGAGGCCUGCCGGAUUGUAAAGAGAUUUUUCAAUCAUACGAUGAUACAACCGAUGUGCACUUGGAAGAUUCGGAAGCAGAAAAUUCGAGCACUCCGCGUAAUACGGUCACUGGCGAAGCAACAAACCGAUAUCAAACCACUAAGGUUAACAAUUUAGCCAAUUUUCUUAUACAACGUGCUUGUAAGAAUCCAACUCUAGCAAAUUAUCUUUACUGGUAUCUAACGAUUGAGUGUGAGGAUGAAAGAAGCCUUAAAAAGGAUUCCAACAUCAGCCAAAUGUACGAUGCCGUGUUGCGGCUGUUCCUGCACAGCUUGUAUAAAGGUACAGGUGAAAUGAAAGCAAUGCAUGCCCAGCUGAAGGAGCAACAGCAUUUUGUCGAUCGGCUAGUAACGCUGGUAAAGAUAGUUGCCAAGGAGUCUGGCAACCGCAAGCGAAAGACGGAGAAGUUUCAACAAUUUUUGGCUGAAUCGAGCACGUCGAACUCGGCCAAGUUCAACUUCAAUCACUUUGGUCCGAUCGUUUUUCCGCUCGAUCCGGAUGUGCAGAUCGUAGGCAUCGUUCCAGAAAAAGUGUCGUUAUUCAAAAGCGCAUUGAUGCCAUCGAAGUUAACCUUCCGGACCACAACUGGAACCGAUUACGUGGCAAUAUUUAAACAUGGGGAUGAUCUACGACAAGAUCAAUUGAUAUUGCAGAUGAUAACUCUGAUGGACAAACUUUUACAGAAGGAAAAUCUUGACCUCAGGCUCACUCCGUAUCGCGUGUUGGCCACGAGCUCUAAACACGGUUUUAUGCAGUAUAUCGAUUCCGUAACCGUGGCUGAAGUGCUCAAUACCGAAGGCAGCAUUCAUAAUUACUUCCGCAAGUUUAAUCCUUGCGAAACGGGUCCGUUCGGCAUCAUGCCAGACAUAAUGGACACGUACAUCAAAAGCUGUGCUGGGUACUGCGUGAUAACGUAUCUUCUCGGCAUUGGCGACCGGCAUUUGGACAAUCUGCUGCUUACGUCAUCAGGAAAGCUGUUCCACAUAGAUUUUGGUUAUAUUUUGGGACGCGAUCCCAAACCAAUGCCUCCACCCAUGAAGCUCAGCAAAGAGAUGGUGGAAGCGAUGGGUGGGCUAACAUCUGAAUUCUAUCACACCUUCCGCAAGCUAUGCUACACAGCAUUCCUGCAUCUGCGCCGCCACGCGAACGUUAUGCUGAAUCUGUUCGGCCUAAUGGUGGACGCUUCGGUGCCGGAUAUUGCACUGGAGCCUGACAAGUCGGUGAAGAAGGUGGAGGACAAUUUGCGACUCGAUCUUUCCGAUGAGGAGGCAGUCCAGCACUUGCAGAAUCUGUUGGAUGUUUCCAUAACGGCCGUCAUGCCUGCGCUGGUAGAGCAGAUACACAAGCUGGCCCAAUAUUGGCGAAAGUAACAACUCGGUUCGUUAUGUAAAUUUAUUUUUAUAAUUUAUUAUAAACAAAUAAACAGUCUUUAGUAA